AUGCACACCUCCAAGUUGAACACUCAACAAAACAAGGCCAUGUUCAUCGACAACAUUGCCACUCUCUCCGAUCCUCUGUCCUCCAUGUCAUCCAUCUUCUCCCUCGUCUCCCUCCUGACCAUGGCUUAUCAAGUCCGGACACCACAGCCCUCGGUCCAGCAACGUCUUCUCACCCUCCUCAACACAAUGUCACCAGCCUUGACGACAGGGACUCAGACGACACCUGACUCACCAAGGGGAUACUCCCGCGAGGAGAUCCUCAACUCCUUCGUCCACUUCCUCAGCCCCGUGCUCAACGGCAUGGCCGGGAUGCUCGAGCUCCUCUCUGCCGUCGACGCCUUCUCACGGCCAGAGGACUUUAGACAAUUCUGGAGCCUGGAACGGAGCAACCUGAUCAGAGACUUUAUCGAGAGCGGGGGACCUCUGCGCGGGAUGGAGGGCUACGACGUGCCCUUCCUCGAGGCCUUUGUCAAGGACUCAUCCUGCAGAAUCGCCCUCGGCAAGAACCAGGGCAUGCUACUUCUGGUGCCCGGCGACGCCGAAGUCGGCGAUGAUGUCUGGUGGGAUGAGGAUGAGCAGCGUCUCACCGUUUCAAGAAAGGGCGAGGAGGAUCUCAACGCCGCCGAGGCGUAUCUUGAUGACGGUUCAAGGAUGGCCGUCUUGGCCAUUUCUUCUGCGACUUAG